AUGAUUAUUUUGGAUGCGCUUGAUCUCGGCAGCGAGGAAUUGCAGGGAUACAGAUUAGAUGCGAUAAAAAGUUCGCAGAAUAUCCUUGGGCAAAUCCGAGGAAGAGCGCGAAAAGAGAUUCGACUUUCUGCUGAAGCUAAAAACCGUUUAUUCCUAAAAUCAGGAUCUGCAUCGCAGAAACACUCGAAGACGUUAUUAUCGUUUGCACCAAGGGAAACUUGUGCCAACAAAGGUUUACUUAGUUAG